GAACAAUUAUAGCUCUUGCCUCAAAAACUUUUGGUCUAUUCGACGAACAGCACUGCUUCAUACCGAAGAAUAACGAGGCUAGGAAGUCAAGGAGGGUACAACUGGAAAGAGAACAAUAAUGGCAACGGAAGUCGCGGCAGCUGCCGCUAAUACCACGCGACACUUAGCUAAGGAGAUGCUUGGUGUCGUGGUAUCAGCUGGCCUGAUGGACAAGACUGUGAAGGUUAAGCUUGGUGGAUUUCGAUGGGAGCCGAGAGUCCAGAAGUACUUCAAAGAACCACGAUUUAAGCUGGUCCACGACCCGCGUAACUCCGUUCGACAAGGCGAUAUAGUAGCCAUAACACCAACCUGGAGGGUAUCGCAACACGUGCGCCACGUCGUUAAGCACAUUAUAGCACCAUACGGCGAUCCUAUUGACGAGCGGCCGCCCAUCCCCAGCUUGGAAGACAGGAUAGCCGAGGCAGCUGCUAAGAGGGCUGCUAAAGACGAACGGAGAGCUUUUCUGAAGCAGAUGCAUACUGCGAUCAAGGAUGCGGAAAAAAUUGCGGCCCAGGUGAAGAAGGCAAUACGAAUGUGUCGCAAGCUUGGCAUAAUUCCUGCACAAUCUGCUGACGCUACCACAAUAGACGAAGUUGAUUGAGGCCGCAAAUCUAACGAUAAAAAAAUAUUUUAAAAAAAAUGUGCCUACAAACAAGAGUCAGGAUGCCGGACUCGUUAUGCCAUCCCUACCAGCGAAGGCGGUAGAGCGGUAGAGCGUGAGAGCGUAAGAGCAUGAGAGCGUGAAUGCAGUUACACGCGGUAAUCUGUAUAUACCUAAUCACCCGCAUGUAUCACAUACAUAGGUACAUGAUGUAUUAU